AUGGCAGCACAAGAUGUAGACUACAUAAUCGUAGGUGGCGGCUUGACCGGUUGUACAAUUGCGUCCAGGCUAAAACAGUGCAAACAAUUCUCGAGAAUAGUACUCAUUGAGGCAGGGCCAAAUGCCAGUGAUGACACUCGUACCCAUACAGCGAUGGGUGCAAUGACGCUUGGAGACUCAGAAUACGAUUGGGCCUACAAGACAACUCCUCAAACCCACCUGAAAGACAGUAUUCAUACCAAUGCGCAAGGGAAAGUCCUGGGCGGCGGGAGCACAACCAAUUAUGGCGGAUGGCUGCGAGGAGACGCAAGCGAUUACGACGCUUGGGGAAAGAUUGUUCAAGACAAGCGAUGGAGCUAUAGCGGUCUGUUGCCCUAUCUCAGGAAGCCUGAACGUCACUCCAACGCGUCACUGAGCCCACAGCAUGGCAUCAAUGGUCCUAUGCAUGUGGUCUCGGUGACUAGCAGCGAUCCAGACAGAAUAUAUCCCCUACGCGACGCUGUGCGUGAGGCAUGGAAAGAGAUUGGAGUCGAAGACAAUCAUCAUGCCAUUCACGGCAAUGUGGGAGGCAUUUCGGAGUUCGAGGAGAACUGGCGGGAUGGCCAACGUCAGCCCAGCCAUCAAGCUUAUCCAUUGAAGGGCGUGCAGAUUCUCACGAAUACGAUGGUGCAGCGCGUCAUCCUUUCGCAGCAAUCGUCUGACGACAAUACCGGCAAGGUUAUCACCGCGACUGGCGUCGAGUUGGUAAACGGCACCAUCAUCCGCGCGAAAGAAGACGUCAUAUUGACGGCAGGAGCAUACAGAACGCCCCAAUUGCUCAUGCUCUCUGGCAUUGGCCCCAAAGACGAGCUGGAGACUCACAACAUCACGCCAGUCAGCCUGAACGAGCACGUCGGAAUCAACCUCUUUGACCACUUCGCUUCCUUCCAAUACUGGAGACUGUUGUACCCGCUAGCUCUGGGCAGCCCAGCGUUGAAGCAUCCCGCCUUUGCGAAGGGCCUCCCCCAGGACUGGGUCAUCCGAGAGCGUUUCGAAGACCCCGGCGAGCUCACAGAUUCGGCCUUGCUCCAUCCCGCACGCCAGCAUAUCGAGACGAUCGUAGUAUAUGCGCCAGCAGCGGCGAGGCAUGCAGGUGUAGAUGCCCCACUGGACGGCUACCAUAUCGCCACAUCCACCAUGCUCUUGCUGCCCACAUCUCGUGGUACCAUCACUCUUUCCUCUGCCGCGAUUACCGACCCGCCCAUCAUCGACCCGAAUUACUACUCCACCGCCGCUGAUAAGGCUAUCCUGAUCCACGGCGUCGAACGAACUAGGCAGGCACUGCUCGGGACGAAGGCAGGGAAGUCUUUCGUAGAGCGCGAAGUGCCGCCACCGAACUUCUCGCCCCUUACGACGGAGACGAGUUCGGACCUUAUCGACGAAAGGAUUCAGGCGACGGGUGUCUCACACUCUCACGCGGCGGGGACGGCGGCGAUGGGGAAGGUGGUCGAUACAGAGUUGAGGGUCGUGGGGGUGAAAGGGCUCAGAGUUGCGGACGCAAGCGUGCUGCCUGUGGCGAUUGGGGGGCAUCCGCAGACGACGCUGUAUGCGCUUGCGGAGCAGGCAGCGGAGAUGAUCGUUGGGAGGAGGAUUUGA